GCUACAAAUUAUCGUUUUGUUCAUGGAAGUGUUUGUGGUAGAUAUUGUGCAGUGCGGUAUUUAAUUAAAAGUCUUGAUUUCGUACUCCUAAAAAUGCAGCUUGUUAUUAACAUUACUGCAGAACAUAAAGAAAUUGUAAAUAAUGCAAAAAAUCUAGGAUAUGUGAUUAUUUUAUCGAAACUUAAAUAAAUGUACUUUUCUGUGUAGUAGUUGUGUAUACCACCUAAAGAUUAUAAUUCGACGAAUAUAUUGGAAGUUCCAAGAAUUUUGGGUAUUUCGAUGUGUUAUUAAAUAUAUUUAAAAGUUGUCUUAUAUAUAAAAAAUGGAUGAUCAGCACAAGUUCGUAAAACCAACAGAUAUUCCAAACAAAAUAUCAUCAGACUUUUACAUAGAACAUAAGCCUGUUUUAAAAUCCAAUACCCACUCGCAUCGAAGUCCGGCAUCAGAAUUUUGUAUGACACGUUGUAGUACUAUUUAUAACAGCAGUUCAGGUGAUACGAAAGAAUGCAGUUUAGAGUUAAAUCGUAGUAUUAAAAUAUCAUCAGAAUAUGCAUUGCCUUUAUUGACAUCUUCGCCAUCAAUGAUAUUAAAUUGUAGUAAAUUGAAGAAAGAGGAAUGCAGACGCAAAUACCAACUUUCAACAAUUAAGAAAAAGAAUAAUAACAGUAUCGAGCAAGUGAAGCAUCGAAAAUGUCAUUAUGAUUCAAAUAACUCUUUAUAUAUGACACCAUUUAAGUUAAGUCAACGAAAAUAUGUCAAAAAUAUAGUCAACAGUAGGAAGAUAUUUCAUACAGUGGUAUCUAUAUUCUCCCAAUUGACAUUAUUAAAAAUAAAAACAACAGAUAGAAAUAUGCACAAAAACAAUUCUUCAUCUAACAAAUUAGCAGCACGGAGGAGAUUUCAUUUACUUCCGAAUUUGGGAACAACGUCUUUUUUCACUCUGUUAACAUUAGUAUGCUUGGAAACAGUUUUAUUGUCGACUGUAUCAACGUGUGCAAAAACAUUUUAUAUGCACUGGAAUACAUCAAAUAGCAUUUUUCGUAUUGAUAAUACGGAUCAUAUUAUAGACGUUAAUAAAGGAAAUUUAGCUUUUGAAUUCGACCAAGUACACAUAAUUUGUCCAGUAUAUGAACCCGGCACAUAUGAGAAUGAAACAGAAAAGUACAUUAUAUAUAAUGUUUCAAAAGUUGAAUAUGAAACAUGUCGAAUAACAAAUGCUGAUCCAAGGGUUAUAGCAAUAUGUGAUAAGCCACAAAAAUUAAUGUUUUUUACUAUAACGUUUCGCCCAUUUACUCCACAACCUGGAGGUUUGGAGUUCCUUCCUGGAAAUGAUUACUAUUUUAUUUCAACUUCAUCAAAAGACGAUCUUUAUCGAAGAAUAGGUGGGAGAUGCUCUACAAACAACAUGAAAGUCGUUUUUAAAGUUUGCUGUGCAUCAGAAGAAAACAAUAAAACAAGCACUUCCUUUAAUCAUAAUCCCGGCUUAGGUGGAUUUAAUCACAGUGAUCAUGGUGUUGGAAAUAUUGGGAAUAUACCAUUUAAGACUAUAAGUGGUCCGACUGCUACUGCCAUAAAUACAAAUAUAGAUCAUUUUAAUCGUAUACCUAUGCAACCCAACGGUGUUAAUGUUAUUAGUAAUAAUAAUGGUGUAGGAAGUUUGGGCAACAGCGGUAUUUUGCUGUCUCCAAAUCAUGGAACAAUAAAUAUGAUACCUUCAAGUGGUAAUGGAGUGAUUCCAUAUCAAGGCCAAAUCGGACAGACAGGUAUAAGAAUUAAUAAUAUACCACCAAACCACCAUCCCUCUAUUAAAAACAGCAAUAAUAACAACGAUGAACACUACGAUAAACAUCCCAACGAAGUUGUAAAGAACGAGGAACUCACAUACAGCAGCAGUGGUUCAACUAUACAUCGUCAAAUAUUAAUCUUAACAUAUUUUAAUGAUUUUAUUAAAAUGAAAAAUGUUUUUAUAAAAAAACUUGCUGCAUUAAAUAUUGAAAGAAAACAUUUGAUUUAUAAACAUUUUUCUAACAAUGUAUUUAUACCAUACCAGCAGUGUUUUUUUAACGCAUUACUUUCACACAUUGAUAAUAUUAUUUCACAUUUUCACCUUAUGCUAUUAAGUAUUCUGUUUGCUUUUAUAUCACAAUAUCUUUAUAAGUUUAAUAUUAGAACUUAA